AUGACAAGUCCUACGGAAACGAAUGGCAGUAGUCGCAACUCGAUCUUAAUUUCGAAUAAUCGCUACAGUCAUCAACCUCGCAGCCACCGUAAUAAGCCCAACGAGAAUAUUUUCCGCGGGAUUAAUCGACGCCUCCAUGGCAUCGCGCUCGCCAACAAAUCCUCGCCCGCCAAGGAUAUCGGGUCAACCGCAAAUGCUAAACGGCUGGCCAAGACAUUAUUUUACAACCUUCAGAAUAACACUGAUGAAUUGAUAGUCCAAGAUUUCUAUCCUUACUUUGAUGAUGAAGAAGAAGCCAAGCGCGCGUUUAUGAUCUUUGACAAGGAUAGUAACGGCGACAUUUCCAAGAGCGAGAUGAAGGAGAAGAUAUUUUAUGUUUACAAGGAACGAAAGGAUUUGCAUACGUCUCUUCGUGAUUUAUCACAGGCAGUGGGCAAGUUAGAUAUCAUCUUCUUGACCAUUGUUGCUGUGAUUUGGCUACUGAUUGUCCUUUCUAUCUUUGGCAAGGAUAUUGUUAAGAACAUGUUGUCGAUCGGUUCAUUCUUGGUUGCACUCAGCUUUGUGUUCGGAAACUCGCUCAAGAUUUUGUUUGAGAACAUUGUCUUUUUAUUCAUCACGCAUCCUUACGAUUCCGGCGAUCUGGUCUGCAUUGAUGGAUAUGACAUGUAUGUCCGUGAGGUCGGACUUAAUAGCACAACAUUUGUAACCUGGGACGGCAAGCGAAUGUACUUCCCUAACAACAUUAUUAGCCAAAAGCCCAUUCAUAAUGUUCGUCGUUCACCAAACAUGACCGAUAAAAUUGUCCUCAAUAUCGAUUGCUACACACCUCAGUCCAAGAUCCUUGAGUUGCGUGCAAGAAUGCGUGAUUACUUGAUCAGAGAGAGUAAGGACUUUUUGCCGGAUCUCGAGAUCCAGAUUCAGGAAAUGGAUGCUAAGCUCAAGAUCAGUAUGUGUAUCGAGCACAAGGGUAACUGGCAAGACUCUGGUCGCCGUUGGGCACGCCGUACAGCUGUAUGUCUUAAGUUAUUUUUUUUUAUCAUUUCAAGAUUAUUUUUGGCUUACUUUUUUAUUUUUUGA